CCAACUCCGGUGGUUCGUAGCUACUUUCAAACUCAUUUUUAUUAUGACUCAUAAAGAGCCAAAAUCGUAAUUGUAUAGACUUUAGUUUUUUAUGACAAUUGAAUUUAUGCAGUACAACAAGUCAAACAUUCCACUUUACACGGAGUCACCUGAAUCAGUAAGCAAACAUGAACCGAGAACGAGACAAGUCUGCAAGUACAAAAAAUAUUUCAAAAGAAGAUGUAUCUAUCACCGAUCCUGCAGGCCGUUUGAAAUACCUCGCUGACUGGCAUUCCGCUGUUGAAAUAAAUCCUAAUCAUCCUGCGAUGAGGUACUAUCGAGCUGGAAUUGAAAUGAAUAGGAUGGCAGCGGUGUACUUGAAGGAAGGAAAUCUUGAAUCUGCAUAUGGAUUGUACAUAAAAUUCUUAACUUUAUUCUUAGAAAAAAUUAGGCACCAUCCGCUGUACAAUACGGUGUCAACAGCAGAAAAGGCAAAAAAUAAAGAAAUGCUGAAGCAGAUCAUCCCCACAGCUGAAGAAUUGAAGAAAAAAUUACUGGAUCAGUAUAAAUUGGAUGCGUCUGCAGCAGUUGAGAGACUGAAACAACAGAAAAAACAAGAAGAAGAGGAGCGGCUUCGAGCGUGUGAAUUGGAAGAUAAAACAUCCAGUUUGCCAUCUGUAACUCCGACUACAGAUUUUGAUCCUUGCGAACCAUCUCCACAUAUAAAAUCAGAUGACCCGAGUCUACCGGUGUUCGAUCGUUCUUUGAAGCCAACGCCUUUCCCAACCUUUAAAUUUGGUUUGAGGCAGCUGACCAUACCUUCCAAGAUGAUGACUGAAUUUUUAAAAUUAUCUCGCCCGAACACCAUCAAUAACAAAGAGACAUGUGGAAUUUUGGCUGGAAGUUUAGUCAGAAAUCAAUUAUUUGUUACUCAUUUACUCAUUCCACAGCAGAUGGGAUCUCCAGACUCGUGCGUUACUCAUAAUGAGGAAGAUAUUUUUGAUUACCAAGAUCAACACAACCUUAUUACAUUGGGGUGGAUCCAUACCCAUCCGACUCAGACGGCAUUCCUAUCCAGCGUAGAUCUCCACACACAUUGUGCCUAUCAGCUCAUGAUGGCAGAAGCAAUUGCUGUUGUUUGUGCACCAAAAUACGAAGAGACGGGCUUCUUUAUGUUAACUCCUGAGCAUGGAUUGAAUUUCAUAGCUCGUUGUAGAGCUGUUGGAUUCCAUCCACACCCUAAUGAAAAAUCUCUUUAUACGCACGCAGAUCACUGUAAGCUCGAUGCAAUGGCAAAUGUGACAGUUGUUGAUCUGCGAAAGACCUCUUGAGAGAAACCAAAAUUUAUCUCACGCAAUUUGGUGAUUGUGUCUCCACUACACGCUGUCACUCCGCUGAAAAAUUCCCCAAAAUGCCUGCUCCCAAUCCAGACCCUCUUAGACUAAUCACCUACCCGACCAGCACCAUCCUUAUCAUAAAAAUCUGGAGAAUAACCCGGAACCAUCCAAACCAUAAACCCAGCUUUCCUGUCAACCUGGUUGACACCACGACGUCACGAGUCACGAAUACGGUGUCGAGGCAUUCUCAGACCAAGAAUUCCUACGCAUCCCCUCUACCAAUUUCCAACUAAUCACACUCCUACAUUUUCUUUAAAAUUUCGUACAUUCCCAACACUCAAAACACUCUCACCCAGCUGUCCCUUGGACACUCCACACCGUUCCGGAUCAGAAGAAACAUCGAGAGGACCAGCUCUCAAAAGUUGUAGCGUAGAGAAACUUAGUAAAACGAUUCUUCGCUCACACCGGCGUUAUUUCCUCAUCGCCUGCUCACCGCCACAGCAAUAAUAUAAAAAUCACCAAAUACGUAACGAAUCCACCGCUUCACGAGUCAAUUAAUAUUUAUUAGAUUCUUUUAUUAAUUUACGAAUGGUAGAAAAAUUUAUUCGCUGAAAAUAAUUUCUAUAUUUUCAAAUCAUUGUGCUUCAUUAAAGACAGGAGUUAAACUCUGUAUAUAAAAUUUAUAAUGACCAUAAAGUAUCAGAAAAACCUGAUAUAAA